AUGGCUACAAUUUCGUUGGAGCAACUGAACUUUUUUAAGUUUUCAUCUGUCGUAUUUGAUGAAUUUCCAAUCGCCCUCCGCCAAGUUUUUGUUCACAUGUGGGACAAUCAAGUUGCUCCUACACCAGGCUUUCAAAAAUGGGACGACUCACCUCUGGUUCGAAACAUGUUUCUCAGUAAAGAGGGUGGAAGGACAAAAUAUGUUCCAACCGGUAAAUCAUAUCAUGAGUGGGACUGCACAGCGCUGUUUGAAGCCACUCUCUAUGCUCAGAGCUUUGCCAUUCCGAACGGGAGUGGAGGCCUUUCAACUUUGAACAAAUUGUACGUGAAGCCCCGUCACUUACUAAGUGGAAAAUUUCACCCUGUCCUUUUAAUUCCUGGAAACGAAGCCGAGACGUUUGCGUUAGCGUUAGAUCAGCUUCGUCUCCUAAGAAACGCACUAUGUCACCAGACAAGCACCCAAAAGAUUGACAAGACGACGGGCGCUUUCCAUUUACGAAAAAAACCCGGAAUUUUCGGUGGUAGCAAAAGUGGAAUUUCCGAUUGGUAAAAAGUUGUUCCAUUUGGUCGUAAACCCCGGUACGUGGCCGGGUGCCCGACCGUGGACCUGGAACUGGUACAAACUACAAGAAACGUCAAUGGAACACGACAUUCCGUUCGGAAAUUCCAACCGGGAAAACGGGACCACCUUUUUAGAUUUUCCACUUUUUCUGGGAAUUUUCCAGUGCGACGAACCGACGAAACGUGUUCCAUUUUCCGCCGAACCGGAAAUUCCGGAAAUUUUGAGUAAAUGGAAAGCGCCCGACUUUUGAUUAUUAUAUAAAAUUAGCAAGAGAGGCGUUUGUUGCACUUAAACAAGACACAACCAGGAUUGAUGAGAUCGGGAAGCUUGAAGAAGAAGACUUUCCUACUGCCAGGCUUCAGAAGUUAGAAGCAGAGUUGAAGAAAGAAAAAGAUGCUGACAUCAAGUUUAAGCAAAUCAAUGAUCACCUCAACCAAAUCGAGUGUCAAAUUAAAACUGUACGAUCAGACGUAGAAACAACAGUAACAGAUGUACAGACGAAAGUGGAAGAAGUCACGUCAGACGUCAAAACAGCGGUAACAGAUGUACGGACGAAAGUGGAAGAAGUCACGUCAGACGUCAAAACAGCAGUAACAGAUGUACAGACGAAAGUGGAAGAAGUCACGUCAGACGUCAAAACAGCAGUAACAGAUGUACAGACGAAAGUGGAAGAAGUCAGGUCAGACGUACAAACGGCAGUAACAGAUGUACAGACGAAAGUGGAAGAAGUCACGUCAGACGUCAAAACAGCAGUAACAGAUGUACAGACGAAAGUGGAAGAAGUCACGUCAGACGUCAAAACAGCAGUAACAGAUGUACAGACGAAAGUGGAAGAAGUCACGUCAGACGUCAAAACAGCAGUAACAGAUGUACAGACGAAAGUGGAAGAAGUCAGGUCAGACGUCAAAACAGCAGUAACAGAUGUACAGACGAAAGUGGAAGAAGUCAGGUCAGACGUCAAAACAGCAGUAACAGAUGUACAGACGAAAGUGGAAGAAGUCACGUCAGACGUCAAAACAGCAGUAACAGAUGUACAGACGAAAGUGGAAGAAGUCAGGUCAGACGUACAAACGGCAGUAACAGAUGUACAGACGAAAGUGGAAGAAGUCACGUCAGACGUCAAAACAGCAGUAACAGAUGUACAGACGAAAGUGGAAGAAGUCAGGUCAGACGUACAAACGGCAGUAACAGAUGUACAGAAAAAAGUAGAAGAAGUGAAAACGGCAGCAGCAGAAGUCGAGACAAAAUUGGAAAAUGUCGAAUCAGGGGUGAAAAGUGAGCUAGCGAAAAUAAAAGCAAACGUCGAUGACGUGAAACAAGCAGUUCAGUCCGGAAUCACCAAAGGUAUGUAAAGCGUUGGUUUCCUUGCAAAACACUGGCUGAUCCGUUAUUCAUCUUCCUUGGUUAGGAACUGCCUUGCUAGUUGCGUAUGUGAAUGUUCCCAAGGCGAAUUCCUAUUUAUAUUUUUAUAAUGGGCAGUUGUUGGUAAGGUAAUUCCACGUCUAUUUAACAUUGAUUUACAUUAAGAUUUAGCGAUAUAUCGCUUUUGGUGAGGCAGUAAAUCCAGUACAUUUACCAUAAAAUAGCAAUCGGUAACACACAGAUUGUGUGAGCCCCCUGUGCCUGAAUUAACAAUACCAUAGGCCGGCGCAGUCAAUCGAACGAAACCGAACUUAAAAUCAGUCGAACCCAAUCGUCGGAUUGUUGUUCGACUGUUUCUGUAAUCGAACAUAAUCGAACUGGAACUUUUCGGUGAGUUCGAUUACCGAACUCAAUCGACGCGAUUAGUUCGAUUUUGUUCGGCAGAAAGACAAACCGCAGCCAGUUUUAAUUGAAUUGGAAAGAUCAUCCCUCUGGGAUGUACGUGCGGCAGUUUGCAAACAAAAAUUUUCAAUUAACCCGGAAUUAACUAAAUCUUUGUUGUUAAAGUUAUUAAAAAUCGAUAAAUUCUCAACUAAUACUGGAAAACAUGAAUGGCACAGUAAAACCACGUAAAAUGUCUUUCCCAGGACAAUACCGACUGGGUGCUGAACACACGCAACAGUGUAUAGCAUUUACAAAAUAGUCACUACUAUUAGAGUUCACAUUACCUCAAAGUAAAUGUCUAUUAAAACUACAAGCGACGUUUGUAAAAAGCUGUUGCAAAACAGAAGCAGUACAAGCUUAACUUUUGGCGUUACAAUGCUUCAUUAAAAGAAAAAGAAAUCCAACAUCGACGUCCAAAGAGCACUGUCUCGUUGAACAAAUAAAAUAAAGGCUUGUUUAUAGUGGAAAUUGCACUUAGCUUGUCCAGCUAAUUUACAGGCACUCCACUCAAAUAUUUAGAAACAAAUAAUUCAAAUACAACAUAAUAGGAUUAAAAACCCCAACUGGCAGAAGGCGACCAGUUGGCUAUUUACAAGCGUGGCCGAGAAUUUGAUCUCGGGACGACCGAGGCCAAAUCCAGCAAGUGGCCAGAGCGGGACUCGAACCCGGGACCGCCGGAUUGCGAGUCCGACGCGCUGACCACUCGGCCACGCUGCCUGCUUGACACAAACUGUUUUCCGUCCUCUGUGACAUCUUUGCGUACUCGUGUUUGAAAUUGAAGCCAAUUGAUAUAUAACUUAUUUGAACGUAAAGCCUUGUUUUUUGAAACCAGAUGAAACUGGUUUAUGUUCGAUUGUUGCAGUGUUCGAUUAGGUUCGAUUGUUUAAGUGUUCGACUUCCGGUGAGUUCGAUUAAGUUCAAUUACCGAACCCAAUCGAAGACAAUCGAACGACUGAAGUUCGAUUGGGUUCGAUUACCGAACGUUCCAUUGACCACGGCGGGCACAGGGAACCCACGCUCUUAUUUGUAAACUGCAAAUGGAAAUUAAAUGAGAGAUAAAAACUUAUCUGUGGAAUCUUCAGUUCUCGAAUCUGCUCCGAAGCAGAGUGAAAUUGAAGUUGCUGUACGAUGCAAAAACGAAUCAGUUACGAUGUUUGUGUCAGCGCUUUGUCCGUAAAAUAUUUCACAAUGCUUUAUUUUGAGUCUAUCUUUUUGUCGAGGGUCGAGGGUUCCAUGUCGAGGGUAAUUUUUUUUUCAAUUUUUUUAUAAAGAAAAUGUGGUGUUGUUGUUGUUGUUCUUUCAUUAAAAUAGUGCGUGGACAUUCGAAUUCGCUUAACAUCAAAGAACCUUCUCCCUUCCUGUGAAGGUAGACAAGUUGUGCCUAAAAAAAAUAUCGUAGAGCGUAGGCUGCUUAGGCUUAUAUUUCAGUCACGUCUGCCUCUUCUCUGCUCGCUUGGCUGUUCAGUGGGGUAGUUUGAAUAUGGAUAUUUCACGGAUUUUUGGUUUUUUAAGCCAUCCCACUGUUUGCGACCGAAUUGUCGUGCUUUCAAUGAAGUAGAAACUCGCCAUGAAAUUUUAAUAUACAAGUCAUCGACAAUCACCGACACCGGAAAUCGUAACCUAGGUACGUAGGAGCGUAGCUAGAGUGAAAUUUUAAAUAGAUGGUUGAUGCUAUCGCCCGAAUCGCGCCGAAAUAAUAAACUCCUUGAAUUACCAACGUUAAUGCUCUGCAGCUUAAAAAGUGUAUCACUGCAGAAAUUUGAAACACUCUGAAACAAAAAAGGAACACAAAACCAACACUUAUAUCGGAGCAGUUGAUGGCGGCAGUGGGAUAAUAGGAAGUCAUGUGGCGAAACUAAUUUUGUACACAUCUUUAUCUCUAGUGUGCAUUUCAAACAGAAAUCAGGAGUGUCUGCGCAAAAAACUUUCUUGACAACGGCUUCAGCGAUUAUUUCCUAUUUUGCACGAAAAGGGGAGCUUUUAUUCACAAACAGCGAUCCGAACGAAGCAGACACAGGGUCCAGAGGAGUUUCGUGUGAAUAAAUGAAUUACUUAUUUAAGUCUCACCUUGAAAAAUGUCUAUACCUGUCGCUUAGCACGAUUAAUUAGCCCAAUGGGAUCUUUAUGAAUCUACUGUAAACGAUUUCUUCCCUUUUUAUCUGACCAAGAGCGACCUUGUUGCUCUCGUCGCCCGAAGGGUGACCGAAGACCGUCGCCUGAAGGGCGACAGAGGCACGAAGUGCCGAGUAAAAGAAAGGACAAGGGAGGAAACAAAUUUGGGGCCGAUUUUCGAAUCCCUGAAACUCAAAUGGAAUUGAAUGAAAUCGCCUUAUUUUACUAACCUGAUCUAGAAUUCUUAUGUAUUUGCCAAAUACUGUAGGAAAACGGCAUAAAAAAGCGUUCAAAUUCAUUUUCGGUGACCGAAAUUUACGGUUUCGAGAUAGCGCUUUCGUUCGCUGUGCACCGCAACAGAUCAUGACGGAAAUGACGUAGCUAGUAAAGUAAACGUGCUCAAGAUCGGAGCAAUAAAAGAGGAUGGUCAGCCUACACGACUUUUACCUCAUGCCAAAAUGCUACUCGUUCCAAUAGUUUUUUUCCUCUGCUGGGUAGAUUAUGCUCUGGAAGGUUCUACAUUUCCGUAUUUUACAUCGUAAGCCGAUCUUGCGAGCCCUCAGUCUCUUUUGGUUUGCGGUCUAUAGAAUGUGUAACGAAACUGUAACGCGAUCAAAAUAGCCCAUUUUUUCAUAGGUUUUCGACGGGUUUUGAUUUUCUAACGACAAACACUUUACCUCUGGACCCUGUGAAGCAAACGAUUAUGCUAACUUUCAAUAAAAUAUAUAAUAUGUUUCGUUUUUCAUCGCCUCCAUAAGCUCAUGAAGAUGGGUCGGUCCGCCUAGCCAAAAACUGGGAAAAGUUGCAAGGGUUAGGUUAGGGCCUAGCCUGUAUCGCUAACUUAGCUGCAUAUCCUUUAUUUGUUAUUUUGUAAUUCCUGCUUCCACAGACGGCCAAGCUCAUUUUGACAGUAAUAUAUCAGGUAAAUCAGUUUUUUAAACCUUUUUUUACUUCAUUUUUUACUAUAUGGUGGCUCGUCUACAGAGCAGAAGACGUUCUUAGGCAUUCACUCAUAUUGAGAAACCUGUUAUCAAGUAACGUGUUCAGUUCCCCCCCUCCAUCCCCAUCCAACAAGGAGAACUAAUAUGGAUGGAGAUGUCCACGCACCAUUUGUUUUUUAAAUUCUUCUUAUUUGUUUCCCAUUUGUUUUCCAUUUUUCAAAAAAAAAAAACUAAAAAAAUUGUUAUCGUCGGCCCUCUAUGGAAAACGGACAGUCGGUUUUUUUUCUCUCGCCUCACACGCCCUACGGGCGUGUGAGGUUCGCGCGCCUCGCGCGCGUAAGACUCAUACGCCACGCUUUACCGAUUUCUUUACUGAUGUUGAGAAAAAAACCGACUGUUUUGCAGUCUACUCGACAGGUACCCUGGGUUCCAGAGACUUUUCUAGCGCGGUUUCCGGUCCAAUCGUGAGCACGGUUAAAUCAUUUGGUCCAGUUUGGAAAGUUUGGAAAGAGCAUGAUAAGCAAUGUACUAGAAGGAUUUGAUGGUGUAGACAAGUUAAAAGCUAUGAGCAAACAAGUGGAGUAUUUAAUUUCAUUCAACGCAAUUAAGCUAUUAUCACCAAUUCAGCUUUUGCAGCAAUACGGUUUAAGCUUUACUAAUUUCCUAUCUCAAACGAUUACAACAUGUUUUGAAAUGGUUUGUAUUGAUGGAUUAGGAAUAUAAAAACAAAACAUGUAUUCUUAGUAUAAAAGUGGGGUCAGAAGGCAACACACGACUUUUACCUCAUGCCAAAAUGCUGCUUGUUCCAAUGAAUUUUUUUCCGGGAUGGGUAGAUUAUGCUCUGGAGAAAAAACGUGUUAACUGAGCAAAUUUGAUUUUUGCCGAUUGUUUCAUACUGAGAGGUCGUGACACGCAUAUUGAUUUUCUGCGGUUAUUGUGUCUGGUCGGCAUAUGAUUUGCCCUCUGAUGCAAGAGCAUUUUCUUUGACCUCUUUUGAAAUGUUAAGCUCUUCAAUGCGGCUAAAUGAGGGUUUUAGCUUGUUUAAUUUCUCCAAAGUGCCUCCUGGAUCUGAAUAACUAUAAGCGAUUUUCUUUUUGUCCGUGAAAGUGACGGUUUCCUGCAAUGUUUUGUCACGCUGGGCCCAGCUCGUUAGCGUCUUUAGCAGGAUGUUAAAUUCUCACGGAUAGUGAUUUUCAGAUCCAAACCUCGAAGAAUGGAUUGCAGCUUAAACUGAAGCUACAUCAGUUAUGGAGAACUUCGAUUUGACCCAGUCAUGAUUGCUCUUAAAGCAAUGAAUUUUAAACUCGAACUUGUCUUUCUAAGGAUAAUGUGGGUCUUUGGACAUUUCUUCACGUGCCGGCCCACAUGAUCACAGUCGGAGACUUUCAAUCUGAUUGGCGUAAAUGUAAUCCGAUAAAAAAGCUCAAAGGUCAACGGGGACGGUAAAGAGCACCGCUCCGUGCCAGAGGUUUUUGUGUUGUCAUUAUCGUCUGGCCUUUCACUGUUGGUUUAUUUUAAUUAAAAUUAACGGUACAGUAAUUAGCGCGCGUUGAUUAAAAUUGUUAAUAAAUUAAUAACCAACAGUGAAAAGCGAGACGAUAAUAACAACUGCGUGACAUCAACAGUGAAAUGCGAGACAAACCACAUGAAAUAAAGCAUUGUGAAAUUUACGGACAAACUUGAACGCAAACAUCGUUCUUGCAUCGUAGAAAGAACUUCAAUGUCACAUUUCUCCGCAGCAGAUUCAAGAACAGAACAGAUAGGUUUCAUCAAAAGUAAACACAAAGAGCGGUGAUAAACAUUGUGAGUUUUCGCAUUUUCAUAAACUUGCCAGUUUUUAUCUCUUACAAAUAAGAGCGUGGGUUACCCAUGCAAUGCCAGCAACACUAGCAAAACUGCCCUCGAAUAAGCGCCGCACUCAAUCAGAAGAAUGCUGCGUUUAUUCGAGUUUUGUAAGAAAAUAUCUCGGUACAACUUUUUAAAUCUACACCAGCCACAGUUACGAAUCUGUCUCAGCAAAAAAGCGACACAACGAAACCUUUUACAAACAUAUCCAUUUUUCUGCUUUGCAUAAUCUUCAUUUAUUUAUUUACAUUAUUUAGUUAGUUAGUCAGUUAGUUAGUUUUCAUCACAGGGUCCACAGGUUGCAAAAUAUACGCUUGAAUACAAUUAUUAUGUGAUUCGUUUUCUUUUGACCAAAGAAUAUCGAAAACACGACUGUGAUGAGGAACGAGGGCGGAAGCCCCAAUCUCUCCUCCUUUUUGCCAAAAUGAUUAAUUAGCACAAUUUCAAUUUUUCGCUCGCGCCGCGCGUGGCAAGAAGGACGACCGAGCGCGGUCUAGGUUUAAUAUAUGAUUUGUUUUCCCAAUGCACGUCACGUGAUAUUACUCUAAAAAAAAAGUUUCCUUUGAUUUUCGCGUACAUGAUGUAUUACAAGAGGAAGAACAAAUUCCCUUGAAAACAUCACAUGAACUACAAUGGGGAAAAAUAAUUAUGCCAAAAAAGACCUUUUAUUAAAGGAUGUACAGCUGUAGUCGAUUGAACGUUCACCCUAGCCUGGAGUGUAUAACUCAGUCUUUUUAAUAUUAUUGUUAAUUACAACUACAAAGUUCUGAUUAUUCCCUGCAAUGUAAUUUGUUUGUGUUGUCUCUUCAGAUUUAUUUGUGCCCGACCAAUGCAUACCUGAUGCAUUACCAAACUUUGUUGGCCGCGACAAAGAAUGCAAAGCAGUAGAAGACCAUUUAACAGAUGAAGUUACUCGACUGGUCAAUGUCUGGGGUCCACCUGGAUUUGGAAAAACAUCAGUGGCCAUCAGAGUGGCGCAUCACUUACAAGAGAAGAAUUUUCCAGUUUACUUCGCUUCCGUUCGUGGAGUGGAAAGUAUGGAGGAUUUAGUGUCAAAGCUGCUCAGGCUGUUCGUGGACGAUAAACAAGUACAUCAUAUUUCCUCGUCUGACCUCCAAAUUCGAAAUCCUUUUGUCUUAAUAUUAGACAACGCCGAUGAUUUAUUAGGAUCCCAAGAUGCCAAAUGGAAACAACACGUGCUCCGAUUUAUUGAGGAGAUCCUUACUCACUGCAAACAUAUCAAGCUUCUCUUAACUACUCGCGAAAGUCUCGACUACUUAAGCCACAAGCUUCCCAUCUAUUUGGAGAAAAUUAACGUAUUGGAUGAAAUUUCGUCAGCGCAUCUGGUAAGGCAGUUGUUACCAGAUGCAUGUGAAGGUGACUGCAAAUGCGUAGUGAAGGAAUGUGGAAACGUUCCUAUGUCCAUGCGACUAAUGUGCAGCAUCAUUAAGGAAGCAAAUAUAUCCAUAAAUGUGCUUCUAGAUGAACUAAGAAAUUCAACUAUAGUUGAAGUUUUGAAUAGUGAAAGCUUUCCUGACGAUUUCCGGCUGAAAUCUGUAAUUAGCACAUCAUUUAAAAGGCUCAUGACUCGAGAAAGAGACGCAUUUGUUUCGCUUUCUGUUUUUCCUGAGUGGUUUGGAAUAGAGGAAGCUCAAGCCAUAUUGAAUGUAAAAUCAGAGGUCAAAACCAAACAAAUCAUUCGAUCAUUGGAGAGAAGGUCCCUUAUACAUUGUGGAGAAAAUUUUACCCGUUUCACAAUCCAUUCACUUUUACGGUCCUUCAUUAAGGAAGAAGUAAAGAAUGACGAAGCAGUUGAAGCUGUAUUUCUACAUGCACAGCUUCGGUUUUACGACUAUUACAUUUCUAGAUGUAGAGUUGCUAAUGAAAACUUUCUGAUGGGACGUUAUCCAGACGCCUACAGAGGAUUCCUUGACCAGCGUGAGUGCAUCAUUUCAUCCCUUUCUAAUGGACCUGGAAAUGACAUUACCUACACCAAGGCUGUAUACUUGUUAUCUGAGGCAAAAUCAUUUCUCUAUGUUGCACUGCACGGUGAAAAAAAGUUAUUUGAGCGCCUUUAUGACAUAGCAAUAAAAGAAGCAGAAAGAAGGGAGAAGGUCGGCGACAAAAAAGUAUUACUCUCUGCCAAAGAAUUUGCUCUUAGUCAGUGGUAUCAGCCAGACACUGCUAAAAGCUACUUCUGGCUUGGUAGAGUGCAGCGUGAAGCGGGAGACCUAACAACAGCAUUAGAGUCGGUACAGUUGAGCUUACGAUUAAGAAGAGAACUGUUAGGAGAUCAUCCUGAUACAGCCGACGACUUUCAUGAGCAAGGUAUUAUCCAUUUUGCAAUGAAUGACAACAAGUCAGCUGUUGAAGCAUUCCAGAAAGCAGCAGACAUAAAUUUGUCUUUCCGUGGGACUCACAUACUCACAGCAAACAGCUACCACAGCCUUGGUAUAGCGCAGUGGGAGUUGAAAGACCUUGACCGAGCUUUGGACUCUUUGCAAAGAGCAGCAAACAUGAGAUUAAAUCUGCUUGGCCAUCACGAAGACACGGCAAGCAGCUACAACAAACUUGGUUUACUGCAACAUGACAUGGGAGAACUUAACGGAGCUCUGGACUCUUUGCAAAGAGCAGCAGACAUGCAAUCAAGUCUGCUUGGUGACCACAAAGACACGGCACGAACCUUCUAUGAGCUUGGUUUAGUGCAGCAAGACAUGGAAGACCUUAAAGGGGCUUUAGCAUCCUUACAAAAAGCAGCAAACAUGGAAUCAAAUCUGCUUGGUGAUCACGAAGACACGGCAUCCAGCUACUAUCGGCUUGGUUUAGUGCAGCGUAAAAUGGGAGACCUUAAAGGAGCUUUGGCUUCUUUGCAAAUAGCAGUAAACAUUACAUCAAAUCUGCUUGGUGAUCACGAAGACACGGCAUCCAGCUACCAUUGGCUUGCUUUAGUGCAGCGUGGCAUGGAAGACCUUAAAGGGGCUUUGGCUUCUUUGCAAAGAGCAGUAAACAUGAGAUCAAAACUGCUUGGUGAUCACAAAGACACGGCAUCCAGCUACUAUUGGCUUGGUUUAGUGCAGCGUGACAUGGGAGACCUUAAAGGGGCUUUGGCCUCCUUACAAAAAGCAGCAAACAUGCAAUCAAAUCUGCUUGGUGAUCACGAAGACACGGCGCACUGCUACGCUCGGCUUGGUUUAGUGCAGCAUGUCAUGGGAGACCUUAAAGGGGCUUUGGCUUCUUUGCAAACAGCAGUAAACAUGAGAUCAAAUCUGCUUGGUGAUCACAAAGACACGGCAUCCAGCUACUAUUGGCUUGCUUUAGUGCAGCAUGACAUGGAAGACCUUAAAGGGGCUUUGGCCUCUUUACAAAAAGCAGCAAACAUGCAAACAAAUCUGCUCGAUGAUCACGAAGACACAGCAUCCAGCUACUAUGGGCUUGGUUUAGUGCAGCGUAAAAUGGGAGACCUUAAAGGGGCUUUGGCUUCUUUGCAAAGAGCAGUAAACAUAAGAUCAAAUCUGCUUGGUGAUCACAAAUACACGGCAUCCAGCUACUACUGGCUUGGUUUAGUGCAGCGUGACAUAGGAGACCUUAAAGGGGCUUUGGCCUGCUUACAAAAAGCAGCAAACAUGCAAUCAAAUCUGCUUGGUGAUAACGAAAACAAAGCGUUUAGCUAUCAUAACCUUGGUUUAGUGCAGCGUGACAUGGGAGACAUUAAAGGGGCUUUGGCGUCUUUGCAAAGAGCAGUAAACAUAAGAUCUAAUCUGCUUGGUGAUCACGAAGACACGGCAUCCAGUUACUGUUGGCUUGGUUUAGUGCAGCGUAAAAUGGGAGAUCCUAAAGGGGCUUUGGCCUCCUUACAAAAAGCAGCAAAUAUGACAUCAAAUCUGCUUGGUGAUCACGAAGAGACAGCGUUUAGCUACUAUAACCUUGGUUUAGUGCAGCGUGACAUGGGAGACUUUAAAGGGGCUUUGGCCUCUCUACAAAAAGCAGCAAACAUGGAAUCAAAUCUGUUUGGUGAUCACGAAAACUCAGCGACUGGCUACCAUAAACUUGGUUUAGUGCAGCGUGACAUGGGAGACCUUAAAGGGGCUUUGGCUUCUUUGCAAAGAGCAGUAAACAUGAGAUCAAAUCUGCUUGGUGACCACAAAGACACGGCACGAACCUUCUAUGAGCUUGGUUUAGUGCAGCAAGACAUGGAAGACCUUAAAGGGGCUUUAGCCUCCUUACAAAAAGCAGCAAACAUGGAAUCAAAUCUGCUUGGUGAUCACGAAGACACAGCAUCCAGCUACUAUUCGCUUGGUUUAGUGCAGCGUGACAUGGGAGACCUUGAAGGGGCUUUGGCCUCUUUGCAAAGAGCAGUAAACAUGACAUCAAAUCUGCUUGGUGAUCACGAAGACACGGCGCACUGCUAAGUUCGGCUUGGUUUAGUGCAGCGUGACAUGGGAGACCUUAAAGGGGCUUUGGCCUCGUUACAAAAAGCAGCAAACAUGCAAUCAAAUCUGCUUCAUGAUCAUGAAGACACAGCGUUUAGCUACUACAACCUUGGUUUAGUGCAGCGUGACAUGGGAGACCUUAAAGGGGCUUUGGCCUCCUUACAAAAAGCAGCAAACAUGAGAUCAAAUCUGCUUGGUGAUCACGAAGACACGGCGCACUGCUACGUUCGGCUUGGCUUAGUGCAGCGUAAAAUGGGACACCUUAAAGGGGCUUUGGCUUCUUUGCAAAGAGCAGUAAACAUGGAAUCAAAUCUGCUUGGUGAUCACGAAAACGAAGCGUCUAGCUACUAUAACCUUGGUUUAGUGCAGCGUGACAUGGGAGACCUUAAACGGGCUUUAGCCUCUUUAGAAAAAGCAGCAAACAUGCAAUCAAAUCUGCUUGGUGAUAACGAAAACACAGCGUUUAGCUAUCAUAACCUUGGUUUAGUGCAGCGUGACAUGGGAGACCUUAAAGGGGCUUUGGCCUCUUUGCAAAGAGCAGUAAACAUGAGAUCAAAUCUGCUUGGUGAUCACGAAGACACGGCAUCCAGCUACUAUUCGCUUGGUUUAGUGCAGCGUGACAUGGGAGACCUAAAAGGGGCUUUGGCCUCCUUACAUAAAGCAGCAAACAUGCAAUCAAAUCUGCUUGGUGAUAACGAAAACACAGCGUUUAGCUAUCAUAACCUUGGUUUAGUGCAGCGUGACAUGGGAGACCUUAAAGGGGCUUUGGCCUCCUUACAAAAAGCAGCAAACAUUGAAUCAAAUCUGCUUGGUGAUCACGAAGACACGGCAUCCAGCUACUAUUGGCUUGGUUUAGUGCAGCGUGACAUGGGAGACCUUGAAGGGGCUUUGGCUUCUUUGCAAAGAGCAGUAAACAUGAGAUCAAAUCUGCUUGGUGAUCACGAAGACACGGCAUCCAGCUACUAUUCGCUUGGUUUAGUGCAGCGUGACAUGGGAGACCUUAAAGGGGCUUUGGCCUCCUUACAAAAAGCAGCAAACAUGCAAUCAAAUCUGCUUGGUGAUAACGAAAACACAGCGUUUAGCUAUCAUAACCUUGGUUUAGUGCAGCGUGACAUGGGAGACCUUAAAGGGGCUUUGGUUUCUUUGCAAAGAGCAGUAAACAUGAGAUCAAAUCUGCUUGGUGAUCACGAAGACACGGCAUCCAGUUACUAUUGGCUUGGUUUAGUGCAGCGUGGCAUGGGAGACCUUAAAGGGGCUUUGGCUUCUUUGCAAAGAGCAGUAAACAUGCAAUCAAGUCUGCUUGGUGACCACAAAGACACGGCACGGAGCUUCUAUGAGCUUGGUUUAUUGCAGCAAGACAUGGAAGACCUUAAACGGGCUUUAGCCUCUUUACAAAAAGCAGCAAACAUGGAAUCAAAUCUGCUUGGUGAUCACGAAGACACGGCAUCCAGCUACUAUUGGCUUGGUUUAGUGCAGCGUGACAUGGGAGACCUUAAAGGGGCUUUGGCUUCUUUGCAACGAGCAGUAAACAUGAGAUCAAAUCUGCUUGGUGAUCACGAAGACACGGCGCACUGCUACGUUCGGCUUGGUUUAGUGGAGCGUAAAAUUGGAGACCUUAAAGGGGCUUUGGCGUCUUUGCAAAGAGCAGUAAACAUGAGAUCAAAUCUGCUUGGUGAUCACAAAGACACGGCAUCCAGCUACUAUUGGCUUGGUUUAGUGCAGCGUGACAUGGGAGACCUUAAAGGGGCUUUGGUCUCCUUACAAAAAGCAGCAAACAUGGAAUCAAAUCUGCUUGGUGAUCAUGAAGACACGGCGCACUGCUACUUUCGGCUUGGUUCAGUGCAGCGUAAAAUGGGAGACCUUAAAGAGGCUUUGGCUUCUUUGCAAAGAGCAGUAAACAUGAGAUCAAAUCUGCUUGGUGAUCACGAAGACACGGCAUCCAGCUACUAUUGGCUUGGUUUAGUGCAGCGUGACAUGGGAGACCUUAAAGGGGCUUUGGUCUCCUUACAAAAAGCAGCAAAUAUGGAAUCAAAUCUGCUUGGUGAUCACGAAAACGCAGCGUCUAGCUACUAUUACCUUGCUUUAGUGCAGCGUGACAUGGCAGACCUUAAAGGGGCUUUGGCCUCCUUUCAAAAAGCAGCGAACAUGGAAUCAAAUCUGUUUGGUGAUCACGAAAACACAGCGUUUACCUAUCAUAACCUUGGUUUAGUGCAGCGUGACAUGGGAGACCUUAAAGGGGCUUUGGCUUCUUUGCAAAGAGCAGUAAACAUGAGGUCAAAUCUGCUUGGUGAUCACAAACACACGGUAUCCAGCUACUAUUGGCUUGGUUUAGUGCAGCGUGGCAUGGGAGACCUUAAAGGGGCUUCGGCCUCCUUACAAAAAGCAGCAAACAUGCAAUCAAAUCUGCUUGGUGAUAACGAAAACACAGCGUUUAGCUAUCAUAACCUUGGUUUAGUGCAGCGUGACAUAGGAGACCUUAAAGGGGCUUUGGCCUCUUUUCAAAGAGCAGUAAACAUGAGAUCAAAUCUGCUUGGUGAUCACAAACACACGGCAUCCAGCUACUAUUGGCUUGGUUUAGUGCAGCGUAAAAUGGGAGACCUUAAAGGGGCUUUGGCGUCUUUGCAAAGAGCAGUAAACAUGAGAUCAAAUCUGCUUGGUGAUCACGAAGACACGGCAACCAGCUACUAUUUGCUUGGUAGAGUGCAGCAUGACAUGGGAGACCUUAAAGGAGCUAUGGAGUCCUUACAAAGCGCAGCAAACAUGAAUUCAACUGUUCUUGGUGAUCACAAACACACGGCGCACUGCUACUUUUGGCUUGGUUUAGUGCAGCGUGACAUGGGAGACCUUAAGGGAGCUUUGGACUCUUUAGAAAAAGCAGCGAACAUGAGAGCAAAUUUGCUUGGUGAUCACGAAGACACUGCCAGCAGCUACCAUGAGCUUGGUGUUGUGCAACAUGGAAUGGGAGACUUGCAAGGAGCUUUGGAAUCUUUAGAAAAAGCAUUGGACAUAAGAACUAAUCUGCUGGGCGAUCACGGAGAUACUGCGAGCAGCUUGGACGAAUUAUGUGCCGUGCGGAAUAAACUGUCUUCAGGGCGUUCUUUAUUUGGCAAAGUUUUUCGGCGGAAAAAUCGACGCGAAAAAUAAUAACAGUUUAUAAAAUAAACGGGAGCUAUUAAGAGCAAAGUUUCGGUAAAUCAUAACUAUUAGUAGCCUGAAAUUCAUCCGAUUGCUUCGAGUCGUUUUCUCCUCUCAACAACGUCUGAAUCGACCGGCCGUUAAUGCCGUCCAGUGACGUCACUCACUACCCGAAAACCGGGUAGUGAUUUUGAUUGGUUGAUUGUCUAAACAUUCGCAUAAUUAUGUAUAGUUAUGAAAAAUUUUAGCGGGAUUGUCACUUGAUAUUCAGCGGAUCGCAUCACUGCAAUUCUUUCGUUUAGUUCAAACAUUUCGAUAAGCUUAAUCUUUAUCUUAAACGGCAAAAUUGCCCUUGUCUUCGAAACUGAAAUGCUAUAUCGGUUUUUCAUUUAGAGCCGCUUUGUGGUUUCGGCGGCCGGUUAUUUUGUUUACGCGAAGUUUUCUGAGAUCAAUGUUAUAAUUCGAC